AUGACAGAAAAAAUAGAAUUUCCAGAAUUAAAGAAUGAUGUUUUUUUAAAAGCAUGCAAAGGUGAAGAUGUACCAUAUGUUCCAAUUUGGAUUAUGAGACAAGCAGGUAGAUACUUACCAGAAUUCAAGAGUGUAAGAGCAGAUGUCGAUUUCUUUUCAGUUUGUAGAACACCAGAAUUAGCAUGCAAAGUUACAUUACAACCACUUGAUAGAUUCCCAUUAGAUGCAGCAAUUAUUUUUAGUGAUAUUCUUGUUGUUCCACAAGCUAUGGGCUUAGAGGUUCAAAUGAUUCCAGGUAAAGGUCCACAUUUCCCAAAUCCAGUUAAAGAAAUUUCAGAUUUAUCAAGAGUAAAAUAUCCAGUUAAUGUUAAUGAAGAAUUAGGUUAUGUUUUUGAUGCUUUAACUUUAACCAGAAAAAAUUUACAAGGAAGAGUUCCAUUAAUUGGUUUUUCAGGUGCACCAUGGACUUUAAUGACUUAUUGUAUCGAAGGUGGUGGUGGCUCAAACAUGGCCACAUCAAAAGGAUGGUUAUAUAAACACCCAAAAGAAGCACACGAAUUCCUUUCAAAAAUUACACGUGUUUGUAUUGAUUAUUUAUUAGGACAAAUUAAAGCAGGUGCUCAAGCAUUACAAAUCUUUGAUUCAUGGUCAAAUGAAUUAAGCCCAGCUUUAUUUAAAGAGUUUUGCCUCCCAUAUCUUGUUCAAAUUGGUAAAGAACUUAAAGCAGCUCAUCCAGAAAUUCCAUUAAUUUGUUUUGCUAAAGGUUCAAAUUUCGCAUUAGAAGAUCUCUCAAAGAGUGGUGCUUAUGAUGUUUUAGGUUUAGAUUGGACUAUUGAACCAUCUGUAGCUAGACAAAUGGUUGGUGAUAGAGUUUCACUUCAAGGUAAUUUAGAUCCAUGUGUUUUAUAUUGUGGUGAUCAAGUUAUUAGAGAAGAAACAGAAAAAAUGCUCAAAUCAUUUGGAACUAAACGUUAUAUUGCAAAUUUAGGUCAUGGUAUGCACCCAACUCAUCCAAUUGAAGGUCCAGAGUCUUUUGUUAAAGCUGUUCACGAAAUUUCUGAAAAUAUGAUCAAAAACAAUUAA